CCCAGUGGCUAUUACUUUCUUCCUCCAUAUGGAUAACCAGAUCAACCAUCAUGAACCAGUGAAAGUGUUAGAAGAAUGCCAAGUUGCUCCACCACCCUCCCUUUCCUCAAUCACCCUUCCCCUCACUUUCUUCGACAUUCCAUGGUUAGGUUCUCGCUCUGUUCAUCGCAUCUUCUUCUUUGAGUUUCCCCAUCCCACAAAUCAUUUUAUCCAAACAACACUUCCCAUUCUCAAACACUCUCUUUCCCUCUCUCUCCAACACUUCUUCCCCUUUGCUUCCAAUCUCAUCGUUCCACCACAACUCCACCUCUCUCACAUCCGUUACCUUCACGGCGACUCUCUCUCCUUCACCGUUGCAGAGUCCACCGCAGACUUCACUCUCCUUGCAUCUCAUUCUCCCCAAGACGUUCGAAACUGGCACCCUCUUAUCCCCACCUUGCCUCCUCCACACGUUGAUCAAGAUGGCACACGUGUGUUCCCUCUCAUGUCCAUUCAAGUCACGAUUUUUCCAAACUCUGGUUUCGCCAUAUGUCUCACCUUCAACCACAUUGUUAGUGAUGGAAAAUCACUUCAUCAUUUCAUCAAGUUUUGGGCUUCUCUUUGCAAAGCAAGAGGGGACUUGGAUCCCUUUGAAACUUCGUUGUCUCUUCCUUCGUAUGAGAGAGAUAGACUUGAAGACCCUAACAGGCUUAAUCUCCUUUACUCUCAAGUAUUUCCAAUUAGUGAACAGAAAAGAACCGCGUUCAAUGGGUUCCCGUAUCGUUUCACUGUCGUAUUGAGUCGUGAACAAACAGAGAAACUGAAGAAUUGGGUCACUCUUAAAUUCGGCAUCUACGCUUCUGAGGCAUUUCACAUAUCAACCUUUGUUGUAACAUGUUCCUUGAUUUGGGUUUGCUUGGUUGGAUCAGAGGAGAGCAAACAAGACUGUGAUGAACUGCGCUACUUGUUCUUUGUAGCUGAUUCACGUGAUCGUCCUGAAUUUUCGUUAACUUCAACGUACUUUGGGAAUUGUCUGACUUCUUGCAUGGUGGCAUUGAAGAGGAGUGAGAUAGUGGGAGAAAACGGAAUCGUUGCUGCGGCAAAGGCUAUUGAAAGGGAAAUUAGAGAUUUCAAGAGUGAUGCUCUGAGAAAGGCUGAAAAGUUGAUGUCAGACUUAAGAGAGUUAGUGAAAAUACGUAAAUCUGUGUUGGUUAUUGCAGGUUCACCAAAAUUGGAUGUGUACCAGACUGAUUUUGGUUGGGGAAAGCCUAAGAAAUGUGAAGCAGCACAUGUUGAAUCGCCGGGAUUGAUUUCUCUUUCUGACUGUAGAGAUGAUAAAGGAGGAAUUGAGGUUGGAUUAGCACUUGACAUGACUCAGAUGAAGAAGUUCGGCAACAUCUUAGAAAUGAAACUCCUUAAUAUUGAUAAAUUCUGAGUCAACCAUUCAUGGGAAAGAAGCCUAUAUUUUUUUCAUUUCCUGUUUCUGUCUGAGUAGUUUUUUCUCUCUCUUGUUCCAGUUUAGAGUGAUGCGGUAAUAGGUCUUGAUAAGUUUAGCAAUUAAUUAGUUAGUAGUGUUGUUAAAAGAGGUUAAAACAUAUGUAGUUGCAUUUGGGGGCCUUAAUUAAAUGUAUGCUCUGAACUAAAAGUAAACGCAUAUAUUUAAUUAAGAGGUUAUUUUGCAGAAUGUUUAAAAAAUCAGGCGAAAUAUAAAGUAAACAAGAAUUUCCAUUCAUUGCUAAUUUUCU